AUGACUUUGAGAGGAGUUUAACAGAUUGUUUGUUCUGUGUCUGUGCCUGUGUCUGUUUUUCUCCUUUUCUUUCCCUAGAGAUGGGCUUAAAGGUGAAUUUAAACUGAAUCCUGCUCUCUAUGUCUCUCGAAAGAUGCACAAACUUUUCUUUUUCUCCAGAUUUCUCACUUUUUCUGGGAAUUGAGUGACCAAGAGAAUCUCUUCAUCUCUGUCUAACCAGAACCUUCAAAUACAUCCCAGCAGGACCAGCCCAAAAGGACAGAGAAAGAACCUUCUUCUUCAUUCAUUCCUAGAGGGUCUUCUCAGGAGAGAGCCUAGAAGACAUUUCUUCUAGAGAAGAUGGAGAGAUGGCAUCAGUGGCCCCUGAAGCUACUUCUUCUCUGUACUGUGUUGGCUUGUCUCCACUUGUACAACUCCAAAUGUGAAAGGAAACUUUUUGAAGACUUGAUAAUCAAGAGGAACUUUACCAAUGGCAGACGGGUCCACAACCAACUAGGCACACCCAAACCCAUAGACUGCCUUGUCUCCAGCUGGUCACAAUGGAGUCUGUGUGAUCCCUGUGAGAAAAAGCGAUACCGAUUUGUGAAAGUUCUAAGGCCUUCUCAGUUCAAUGGGAAAGCCUGUGGCCUAAUUGAUGACUCUGAGCCCUGCUCCAACAUGACGUCCUGUAUCAUCCCUGAAGUGCCUUGCCAAGGCUUCAAUUGCAACCUAACAGGGAGAUGCAUCCCUCUCAGCCAGGUUUGCAAUGGAGAUAAUGACUGUGGAGAUGGAGCUGAUGAAAAUGACUGUAAGGAGGUGACAAAGCUAUGUCAGGGAAGCAAGAACCAAUAUUGGGGAACUGGCAGCCUGGCCAGCGGGAUAAAUAUCUUUACCAAUGCUUUGGAAGGUGUUGUUUUUGAUAACAAUUAUUAUGGUGGUAAUUGCAAUGCUUUUGUUAUUGAUCAAGACAAGUAUAGACUCCCCUCCAAUUUGGAAAGGUACAGUAUUGAGGUAAGAGGAUAUUAUGAAUUUGUCUAUAAGGAGUAUGAAUCUUACGCAGCUUUUGAAAGAAGUGUGAUAAGAGAAGGCAUGAAAGAUAAGAAGAUGGGGCCUGAUCUCCACAUCCUAAAUUGGAUUGACAUUGGCUACAAUUUUGAGAGUCAAAGUCUCCGGAGAUUCUUGAGCAAAAUAAGGAGGGCCACACAAUCGAAAAGCAAAAUUCUGCACGUGCAAUGCACCAUCGAUAUUGGACGUUACAAAAUGAAAUCCAAGUUGCUGAUGUUCGAUUAUGAAUUUCUGAUGCGCGUGGGCAGGCUGCCCAGUGACUACAGCUAUGGAGAAUACAGAGACUUCAUCCGAGCCUAUGGGACACACAUCAUUUCAGAUGCAAUCAUUGGAGGUGUAUAUGAGUAUGCCCUCAUUUUGAACCCAGACGGUAUGGACAGUGAAGGUUAUACCUUUGAUGAUAUCAAGUCCUGUACUCAGGAAGCAUAUCACUCUAGUGACAUCACCAAUAGAGACUUUGUUGGCAUGAGAAUGGACCAAAGAUGCCAUGUCCUCUUGGAUCAAAUAGCAAAUUUAGGCAAAACUGAAGAAGACGUCCCUAUUGUGGAAGAUCUGGCUGUCUUCUUACGUGGUGGAACAAUACCAUCUAUCACAUCUCUGGCAUAUAAAAGACUUCCAAAUAAAGAGCUGAUGGAAAAAUGGGGAGAUGCUGCAAAAUUAUUCCCAGAAGUCCUAAAGAUAAAGGUAAUUCCUAUGCAUGAAAUGUGGACAGGUCAGAAUUUUAUAAACCGGUUGCACCUGAAAAACAACAUGAGGAGUGCUGUCAAAGAGUACUAUGAAGAAACUCACGUCUGUCACUGUGCUCCAUGCCUCGGAAAUGGAUUUCCUAUCAUUAGAGAUUCUUACUGUGAAUGUCUCUGUGGCAUGGGAACCUGUGGAAUAAGCUGUGAGCUGGGCACUUCUGAGGGUGAUGCUACAGGGAGCUGGAGCUGCUGGACCAGUUGGACAGAGUGCAUAGAAGCCAAGCAAAAGAGAGAGAGGCUGUGUAAUAGCCCAAUUCCAGGGAGCAUCAAGACAUGCCCAGGGCGCCAGAAAGAAGAGACUAGCUGCUAGCAAAGCACAUGCUCCUGCCCAGCCCCAGGAACCCCCUCAUACUCCUGCUCUAUAGCUCUUGCCCUUCACUUUUCUGAUGGAGGCAGCCAAGAUGUGAAGGCCUCCCUGCUUACCCUGCUCUACCUGCAAACAAGCAGAUUGGACUUGCCCAAGAGACUAGCAUGAGUAGAUUUUUUGUUUUGGGUUUGCUUUGUUCUGUUUUUAGAAGGGAAGAGACCUUUAUUCAUUAAAAAUAAACUCACUAGUCUGUAUUGCAA